CGAAUGAAAAUAUUGUCGCCAGUUUGGAGCUUUUCUUUGGGUGUGUGAACAGUGGGCUAGUUGCCAAUAAAAACGACCUUUUCCUUGGUAAAAAUAUAUAAGAAACUUAAAAAUGGAUUUGCUGCAGCUGAAUGACGAUUGCUUGGAUCUCAUAUUUAGUUAUCUAAAAUUCGACGAAUUACUGCCGCUCUACAAUGAAUUUGAAUGUUUCGAUGGGGCCAUCGAAAGACAGCUGCACCGAUUUAGGGAUUUCAAGUUUAGCAUGAGACAACCUCCUGUUUUCAACGAGGAUCUACUGAUUAAACUGGGUCGCCACCUGAACAGUCUCCACAUCACCGUGGGCUACUCCACCAAAGACGAAGAUGUCCUGCGAUAUUUAAACCCCUUAUGCCAAGGAGCUUCGGAGAGUCGCCGAAUGAAAGCCUUAAAAUUGGAUCAUGCCAAGUGGUCAUUUGAUAUAUUGAGUGCCGUGGAUAAAGUGGUUCCAUCGCUGUUAUUUUUGGACAUGCGUCACUGCGAUAUGCGCGAUUACCAGAUAGCACAGCUCUUGGAAUCGGCAGAUAAGUUGAAGGCACUCGGUCUACUCCAUGUGAACAAUCAGACGGGAGAUUCCUAUCUUCAGCCGCAAAUACUCAACAGGUUGCCAUCACUGAGACUCAUUCAUAUUACAAUCCUAGGUCCAGUGCCCUUUGCUCUGGAAAAUCUGGCCCACCAAUGUCCACACCUGAGUUUCCUCGUCAGUGACCUAAUUAAUAGCGAUAUCAAGAUUUAUGGUCCACCUGCUAAUAUGCAGAACUAUUAUAGUUACUACAAUGACUAUUUCAAGAUGCCUUGAGGACUCAAUAAUCAUUUAAAAACGAUCUCAAUGGAUUUGGAUUUGGUCGUUAAAACUGUUUUCUAGUUCCCAUAAUUUUUUAUAUUUUUAUACUUUAGUUUGCUUUUACUAAUAAAGGCACUUUAAAUGCAUUUAAAUGAGAUUUAUAAAUAUGAAAGAUUUGUAUUGUUUGUUAAUCAUUUCUUAUAUAACAAUUUGUUAACUAUAAUGAAUGUAUAUAUAUAAUAAAUAAG